AAAAAAGAAGACUUUUAAACACGUGGUUUUAUUUACAAGUAUGUUCAAAUUAGGGUUAACACAAGUAAAAUUGGUAAAAUUAGUAUAAUGGAAAAAUAUUUAGUAGAUAUUCAAAAGCGUUUAUACAUAUGUAACAAAAUAUAUGAAAUGUAUAACGAUAUUUUGAAUUCGUAUGUUUCCGAUUUUUACUUAGAAAACCAUUGGAGCAAAUUACCUAAAUCGUGGCAGUAUUUUUUCGAAGAUAUAGAUAUCAACGAACUAAGUAAUAUAUUGGAUUUAUCGAAAAGUAUCAAGAAGAAAAUAUGUCCUUUAGCUCUAUUAUGUAUACGAUGUCUUAUGAUGAAAUACACGUUACGGAGAAAAUCAAAACUAAUUUCAAAAACCCCGAUUUACAAUUUUGAAAACAACAAAUUUAUGAAUUUUUUUUGGAAAAAUGUUAAAUUAAAAAAAAGACAUGAAAUAGAUGUAAUGGCGAAACAGUGUUAUAAAUCAGCCGAGGAAACAGAUUGUUUUUACAUAGUUGAUAUCGGUUCUGGUUUGGGACACUUGAGUAGGAUGUUAUCUUAUGGUUAUGGCUUUAAGGUAUGUACGUUUGAAGCUAUAGAAAAAUUAACGAUAGCAGCUCGCGAAUUGGAUACAAAUUUUGAAACGACUUUAAAUAAAAGAAAUAUAAAACAUAAAAAUACGUUCCAAACUAUACAUAUAAAUAAACAAAUAACAGUAGAUUUAAACAUCGGCGUGUUUUUAGAAUGUGUUAAUAAAGCUUUUAAUAUUGAUAAUGCGACAUUCGGUAUUGUUGGUUUACAUCCUUGUGGGAAUUUAGGAGCGACUCUUUUAAGAUUCUAUGUCGAAUGCCCUAAUAUACGUUUCAUAAACAUCGCUAGUUGUUGUUACAUGAAAAUUACUUUAUCGCCUCUAAAUGAAUCUUGUUUCCCUUUAAGUUCAUUCUGUUUAUCAAAAAACAUAACAUUAUCGUAUCUAGCAUGUGAAAUAGCUUGUCACGCUAUUGAAAACUAUUCCAGAAAAUUAAAAUCUUCAGUUGAAUAUAAUAAACUUAAAAUUCACGCAUAUAGAGCUGCAUUAGAGAAAAUUUUAGUGACACAUAAUCCGGCAUUAAAACAUUCUAUUAUAGGUAGUGCAAAAUGUGAUGAGGAUCUUACUUUUUUAAAGUACGUUCAAAAAGUUUGUGAUAAAUUUCCCGAAAUUUCGUUAGACGAAAUUUUAUAUCAUGAAAACGCGGUUUCUUCUAGUUGGAAGUAUGUUGUCGUUUUUUAUUCCGUUAGGUUACUUAUGGCACCUUUAAUAGAAAAUAUGAUUUUAUUAGAUAGGGUUUUAUAUGUUAUUGAAAACGGUAGUCACUGUGAGAUAAAUCCUAUAUUUGAUUGCACUAUUUCACCAAGAAAUCAAGUACUUUCCGCUACCAAAUUUAAAAGUUAACUCUGUAACUUUAUAAAACUUAUAAAUAUAUUUUUACUUUUG